AUGGAUAAUUUAUCUGUUGCCAAUGGAAUAGUAAGUAUCUAGAAUUGCAUUAUGAUUGUUAUUAUAUUUGUUUGAACAUAUCGUAUUUAAAAAAAACUUGAUUAACAUAUUUUUCAUUCAAAAAUAUAUAUUUUUUUUUCAUUCAUAAAAAUUACCUACGUUGAAUAUCAACAAUACAUAGCUUACUAAAGUAUCACUUAUUUAGUUAGAUUCUUUUUAAUUAUAUUUCUUCAUUGUCACUAUAUUUUUUUGAUUGAAGUUAUUUUACAUUGUAAAUGCCAAAUAUUGCAUUAUAGCAUCGCAAAGCACAACAUUAUAACCAUAAGAAACAUACAUAUUUCACAAUCAAAGAUUUUCAAUUAUGUUAUUAUACGUUAAUACAUUAAUGUUAUAUUGGUACGAUAUAUAAUAAUUUGCAUGAUUUGUAUUCGAUCCUACCCCAACUUAUUGACCCCACUACAGGUACUGGGCAAAACUCUUAUUAUUGUAUAACGGUUGUUAUCAAAAAAUUAUUUUAAAAAGUGAGAUGGUUGUUAAAUAUUAAUAUACUUUAUUUAUUAACAAGAAUAUUAUUUUUUGACUACCUAUGUUGAUUUUAAAAUAUAUUUUGUGUAUUCAAAUAAAUGUCGUUGAUGCUCCAUUUUUUUUAUAUUUGGGGUAAUGAGAAAAAUAAAGAAACUGUACUAGAAAUAAUUUUUACAAUUCAAUUGUAUAAUUAAUCAAUAAAACUAACAUAAAUUAAAAACAAUGGUCCUAUGAAAAAAUAGCUGUACUAUACCUUGUUUUAAAGUAACAAUUUAAAAACUGUCCCAAGUUGACUGGUGUAUAUUACUAUAUUUAUUAACCAAAUAUACAAACAGGUAAUAUUAAAUAAGAUGUGAAGAUAAUUUUUUUCUUGUUUUAAUUUCUUUUUGUCUAUUACCAGGGAACAUCAGAACUUGCUGUGGGUGCUAGCUUACUUUCAAGACCUGGUAAUGAAUUUGGAAAUGAUGUAAGUAUUAAUUAUUGUUAUUUUAAUAUAUGUUAUAAUUUGCAAGUCUAUAUCACAUUAAAAUGGUAUUCGAAACAAGGUAUGUGUAUCACCGCAAACUAUUGUGGUGUAUAGCGCGCAGUGUGCUACAACAGUGGUCUUCAACCUUUUUGGACUCAUGACCCACUUUUUUAGGCUUACAUUUUCCGCGACCCACGUAAGGCUAAUUNCCCCCCAAAAAAACGUUUGUAGUAAAAAAAAAAAAAAAUUAAUUACUUAAUACUUUGUAGUAGUACUAUUUUAACUGAAUAAAUAAAAUCUACAUUAUUGACAAAGUAAACGAAAAAACAAACUUGUUAAUGGAUACGUAAAUAUGACUACAAUAAUAAUGCGACUAACAUUUAUAAUACUUCGUCUUUAAACACACAAUAAUAUUCGUAGAUUAAGAAACUCUUCAACGAUAACAAUAUAAUAUAUUAACUUUAUUACUAGCCUGGUUUACUCGUAAAUUAUUAUAUUCAAUUUUAUACUACGUAGAAUCAUACCAGUAUAUGAAACAUAUACUAUGAUUUGAUAUCCAUUAUAAUAUUAUAUUAUAGAAUAUAAAUUAUAUAAUAUUGUUUUUACAUAAUGUGUUACAAUAAUUUUUAUACUGUAUUUGCAUUUAUUAAUUUUCUAAGUUUAAUAAUUAAACAAUUAUUUGUAUACCUUAUAUGAUUGUAUAAACUUAAUUUUUAUUUUAAAAAGAAAACUCAUCGCGACCCAAUUUUAAAGUUUAUGCGACCAAAAAAUGGCUAAAUGAUCCAUUGGUUGAAGACCAUUAUGCUACAACAUACACACCAAAUUUUUUAAUAAGCCUCGAUUUGUGUAUCUACCGAUCAGCGACAAAUUCACAUACACACUAAUAAUCUUUAAAAUUUUGCCAUCUACACUUUGUUAGAUAUGCAAAUUGUUAGUAGAUAGAUAGGUAGGUAGGUAUAAAAUUAAAAUAUUUAUAAAUUACAAUGUACCACUAAUGUAAUAUUACCUAUAAUAUUCUGUUAACAUUUGUUAUUUCACACAAUAAUUAAAUCUUAAAUAUAAAUAAGAGAAAAGUCAAUACUAAUUUAACAAAUUUGUAACAAGUUUAGAUAAUGAUUAUAAUAAUAAUAUACAAUAGGCACAAUUUGAUUAAUUUAAUAUUUUUACAAUAUUACAGCACCCCCUAAAAGCUGAGUUCGUGCUUAAAAUAUAAUUAUUGUCUUAAAUUAGGUUUAUAUUCCUGGCACCCCCAUUUUGAAUUUGGGGUCCAAACCCAGAGUAAUCGUUUUUGCUUCAUUAGUGUGUGGUGGUACACUUUAUUCCAUCAUUAGUGCUCCAUCACUUAAAAAUUUAUAUCUAAAUUACUUUAAAGAAAAUUGAAAAUUCAGACAUAACUAUUUUCAAUUGAAAACUAUUGGAGAUAAUUGAAAUGUGUCCCUUUUUUAUAUAUUAUAUUUGUUUAGAAUCAGCUUAUAUGUUAUAUUAUAGCUUGUUGACAUAUUAACCUUAAUGGUUUACUGGUAUAUUAUUUGAUAGUUAACUUUUCACACCUUCAUUCACUUUAUAGUAGUGUUGCAAAUAAAACACAUAUAUUAAUAUCAGUUUCACAAAUCCUAUAUGUGCUCAUUGGGGACACUUCCUCCUGAAAAAUUAUAAAGUAUGCCAAAAAAAAUAUAUAUAUAUAUCUAUAUAUGUUAACUAGUUUUCUGGACUUAAAUUUUUAUAAUUAUCAAAUAUUACCCAAAAUAGGUAACUAUACUUAUUAUAAUGUUUAUAUGAUAUUCUUAUUAAAUAUAUAGGUGUUAAUUAAAAUAAAAUAAAAAUAUAGGUAGGUAAACAUAGGCUAUUGUCAUAAGCAGAACAAAUUUUAAAAAAAAUAUUUAUUGUUUUGUAAUAAUUAUAUAGAAUAUAUAAUAAUAAUAAUAAUAGUGUGUGUGUGUGUGAAUUUGUUGCUGGUUGACUGUUGGAUAGGUAGGUAUAAUAUUAUGGCUUAUUGAAAUAUUUGGUAUGCAUGUCGGUCACACUGGGAACUAUACACCAUGAUAGUUUGUGAUGAUCAACCCCUUGUUUUGUACACCAUUUCAUAGACUUUGGCGUUUCUUCAUUAAUUUUUCUUGUGUACCACCAAAAGACAAAGAUCAACCAUCAUUUUUUUUAUAGGAAAAAGUUGAAAUGCUAUGGGCUAUUAAAGCAUUCGAACAUGCAGAAAUUUAUUUUAAUGUAAGUACAAUAUAAACUAUUAAUAAAACAUUAUUGACCAAAUUAAUCUAUAGUGUGAUACAACAUUUUUUUUACAGGAAUUAUAUUAUAUAAAUAUUUAAAAUAGUUGAAAAUGUAUAAAACACAUUUUAUGAACAUUUAUAAUGAUUUGUAAAUUUUUUUAUACCAAUGUACUAAGGGGUGUUAAUACUAAUAAAGCUAUAAGUAACAGCCAUCUAUAGGUAUGCAAUGCAGCACAUUGGGUGAUGAGUGAAAUCUAAAAAAUUUAAAUCACUUAACUUUCUUCAAGCAUAGAAUUUUAAAUAAAUUAAUGUUAUUUAAUCACUUUAUUUGUUAAAAAAAUAUCUUCACAUUAAGGUUGAUAACAAGUAAAACAAGUAUAGGUUUUUUUUAAAAUUUAAAAUGUAACUUCCACCCCCUCCCCAAAAAAAAAUUCAAAUCAUUUUAGAUGUUAAUAAAUCAAAAGAGUUGUUUUUAUAUAUUUUAAAUAUUUAUAUGUUUUUAUAUAUUUUAAAUAUUUAUAUUUUAUAUAAUAUGAUAAAAUGACUAACAUAAAUUUUGAGUCACAUGGUAUUUUUUUUGGUAUAAAUUAUGAAUUUUGAAUCAACAUAAAGAUUUUCAAGUUUUCAUCCGUAAAUUAUUUAUGUUUUCUUAAUUAUUUCAGUUAAUAUGUUCAGUUGAUCCAAAGUUGUUAAAGUUAACUCCACACGAUGAUAAGAUUUAUAACGAAUUUAGACGACUUUUUCCUGAUCUGCAACUAGACAUUUUGGAUGAAAAUGAUGUAAAAAGUGAUGUUUCUAAAAUUGUAAGAUUUUCAACUUUAAAAACCUUAAUAUCCUUAUAAAAAUGUAAAUAAUGUAUAAUAAAAUAAUAAAGUAAAAACAAAAUUAUUAAAAUGGUUAAUACUCGUAAAUAAAUAAAUGUAUGUAUUAAAAUAAAAUAAAUUAAUUAAUGAGUAUUAUGAUAAGUGUAUUAUUAUAUGAUGAGUUUCGAAUUAAAAAUUCAUCAUCAAGUUACAGCCAAAAUGUAAAAUAGAAUUGAAUAUAAAAUAUUAAUUUAUUUAAUACAUAGAAAAAAAAAAUAUACAAAUUGGUUGUUUAGCGUAGAAUAUAAAAAUAAUUUAUUUUAAUAGGAGAAAUUAUUUUAAAUUAGUUAUCAUUAGAUAAUAUAUGUUGAGAAAUAUAAAUUAUUUGGUUAUUAUUAUUAUCUAAAAUGUAUUGAUAUAAUGAGAUAUUAUUUUUAAAAUCAGUUUGUUUCAAAAAAUAACCAUAAUAUAAAUUUUGUUAUUAAUACAGACUUAGAAAUAUUAAAUACCCAAAAUAACAUUUAAAUUAAUUCAGUUUUAGAAGAAUUACACAUACACAAUGAAAUAAAGAAAAAUAAUUGUAAUAUUUUAAAUGUUCAAACCAAUUUUAAUAAUAAUAUCUUAUAUCAAUACAAUUUCUUAACAUAUCUAUGUCUAAUAAUAACUAAUUUUUAAUAAUCUCUCUAUUAAAAUAAAUUAUUUAUGUAUCCUAUGUAAAAUGACCAAUUUGGAUAUUUUUUUUCUAUUUAUUCCUUCAUUUAAUUUAUUUAUAUUUAAUCCCGUUUUACAUUUUGACUGUGACUUGAUGAUGAAUUUUUAAUUUGAAACCUAUUACAUAAUAAACUUAUCAUAAUACUACAGGAAACACAUUAAUUCAUUAAUUAAUUAAUUUUGUUUUUAAAUAUGCAUUUUUAUCUAUAUAUUUAUUUACUUAAAAUAAUAUAUGUAUACAUAAAAAAAACAAUCAGGUCUAUAGACUAUGGGCAAUAAAAUAAUAUAUACUGUGUGCCAUGAGAAAAGGCAUAUUACAGCUGAUCAAAACUCAUAUAUUUCUACUAUCCACUACAUGAUCAUAAUAUAUAUUUAUGUUUGGAUGCACAAGCCAUGUGCAUUCUCUUGUGGCAUAGAGUAAAAUAUUCAUUAGAAUUAUAUUUGGAUAUUUUUAUCCAUAGUACAUGAGGUUAUUAAUGUGGAUGCCAAAGCAAUAGUUAUAGGUCAGUUUGGGAAAAUAAAAGAUUGUAAUAUUGCUUUAAAAUUGUUGCAAAUAUGUUUGUUUAUAAUUGUUUGAUAUGAACAAAUUAAUAUAUGCAUAUUAUAGGCAAAACCUGAAAUCUUGCAAAACUUAGAAAUGCCGCAAAACGCUAAGUGUUCGAUACUUGGGCAAAUUGUAAUAUUUUGACUUUUACCUAGACAAACCUUGUAGUGAUCAACCCUAUUUUGGAAAAACUGUUAUGUCCAUGCAUUUCAAUUUUUUUUAAUAGAUAAUAUUACAUAUUAUUAGGUAUAUUAACAUAAAUAUAUUUGUUUAUUUGUUGCUAUACAUAUUUGAACUAUGACAUUUAGAACAACAAAUAAUAUUUUGUUAUUUGCAUUUAUAUUUAUAUUGUCUAUAUACCAUAAACCAACUAUUUUCAUGCAAAGACCACUUUAUUAGUGAGGAGAGCGAGUAUAUUAUAAUAUUAUUAUCAUAAUAGAUACUUUUUUUUUUUUUAAUAUUGAAUAACUUGUCAAUAUAAUAUCAAUUAUAUUUUUAGAAUAUUAAAAUAAAAUUCUUAAAAUCAACAUUUACCAAAUAUCAUUAUACUCAUUUUAUUAUUAUUUAAAUUUAUUUAAUCAUAUAAUAUGUAUAUUAAAAAAAAUAUGGUAUUUAUUGUGAAAAAUUAAGAUUUAUGGAUGUUACAGUUUUGUCCAAAUGAAGUUGAUCAAUACUAGGUUUGUUCUGGCAAAAGCAGAAAUAUGAUAUUUUAUGAAAUUUCACCCAAGUACCAUAGACAACUUGGAGGUUUGCCAGGGUAUUUCUGAGAUUUGGCCAAUUUAGGUUUAAAAUAUAUAAUACAUUUUUUUUUAUUUAUAUAACAUUUAGAGUUUGUAUCUAUAAACCAUUUUUUUUUUCAUUUGGAAAUUAGAGUAAUUGUAAAAUAAAUUACAAUUAUUACUUUUUGUUGGGAUUAGGAAACCCCUCAAUAUUUUAUGGUGUAUUUUUAAACCCCUCUUAAUUGAGCUCCAGAUAGGCCACUGACUAUUAUUCCUUAUAAAAUGUCUGUUUCAAUAUAUAUAUAUAAAUAUUUUAAUUGUACCAAAAAAUAUUUAUUAAUAAUAAAAUAAAAACAAAAUUAUUAAAUGGUUAAUACUUGUAAAUAAAUCAAUGGCCUUAAGUAUUAUGAUAUGUGUAUUGUACAAUCCAGUUUCAAAUUAAAAAUUCAUAGUGUAACUGUGAUUUUACCUGAUGAUGAAUGUUUAAUUAGAAACAUACAAUACACAUAUAUUAAUUUAUAUAAAUAUUGAUUUUUAGUAUGAUUUUAGUUUUGAUAUUUUAAGAGAUUAUGAGAGUAUGAAUGUGUAGAAUUACACAAAAUAUUUUUUAAAUACUAACAUUAAUUUUUAUCUUGUAUAUCUAAAACUAAUUUAAAAUAUUUUUCUUGCAGAAGUGGAGAAGAUUUAGUGAUCUCUACAAAAACAUGGAAAACUACAAUGUUGGCACAUUAAUCAGAAAAGAUAUUCGUGGAGGUUAUGAUGAUGCAAAUAGUUUUAUAGUUGUAAGGAUACAAUUUUAUGCUAUUGAACUUGCUAGAAAUAGAGAAGGAUUGAAUGAUGUUCAUUUUUUUGUCAAUAAUAGUGAUAAAUGA